GAGCUUCGUCUCUUCAAAUGUCGCAGUUGUCAAUUGAAGAAAAUCAAUCCACAAUUGUAUAACUUAUUGCCCAUGCUUAAUGAAUUGGAUUUGGGUCGCAAUGAGUUCAAAUUCCUCGACAAAGAUGAAUUUCGCGACGUCAAACACCUCAAUAAAGUCCCACUUGAUGGCAAUCAACUGUCAGUUGUUGUUGACGAGCUGUUUCGCAAUCAAAAAAGUCUGCAGCGCUUGGGUAAGACUUUGCUUCUUACAGCCCUAUUCUAA